AUGUUGGUUUCCUCACGCUCCUGCCUCCCUCGCAUCACCUCUGUCCCGGCUUGCGUCAUGAUUUUCUUCUUUGGCUUUCACGUCCGUGAGCUGGACUGCGCCCAGUUCAGAGUCCUGGGACCCGACCACCCCAUCACUGCCAUCAUGGGAGAAGAUGUCGUGCUGCCGUGCCACCUCUCCCCCAGGCUGAACGCUGAGAACAUGGAGGUGAGGUGGUUUCGGUCCAGGUUCUCCGUCUACGUCCACCUCUACCACAGCGGGCAGGACCACUACUCCUCCCAGAUGCCCGAAUACCAGGAGAGGACAGAGUUUUUAAAAGAGGGCAUCUCUAUUGGGAACGUUUCCUUGAGGAUCUUCAGGACCAGGCUGAGCGAUGAGGGACAGUACCAGUGUCUCAUCAAAGAUGGGAAUUUUUACGAAGAAGCCACGGUGGAGCUGAAGGUAGCAGUUUCAGGUUCCAGCCCCUUCCUCUCCGUGGAGGACUACCAAGAUGGGGGAAUCCGAGUGGGAUGUCGAGCAACCGGCUGGUACCCAAAGCCUGAGAUGCUGUGGAGAGAUUUCCAGGGCCAGCAGCUCCCAUCCUUCGCCCAGUCCGACUCCCAAGACCAGAACGGCUUCUUUGAAGUGGAGAGGUCCAUCAUCAUCCAAAGAAAUGCAAAACGAAACGUGUCCUGUUCCAUCAGGAACACGCGGCUUCCCCAGGAGAAGGACUCGACCAUUUAUAUAUCAGACGCCAUUUUUCCAAAGGACUCUCCCUGGAUGGCAGCUCUGUUCGCGACCCUGGCUGCCUGCUUCGUUUCGCUGGUCGUCUUCUCUCUUUUUAUCUUACGGCUACGAGCCCAACACACCGCAGAGCUUGAGAAACGCGAUGCCAAAAUUCGGGAACGCGAUAUGGAAAUAGAGAAACACACUGCAGAACUGCUGCUCAUCACGCUGGACGUGGACACGGCGCACCCCCAGCUCAUCCUCUCGGCGGGCGUACGGCGUGGAGACACGCGGCAAGCCAUGCCGGAUAACCCCGAGAGAUACGACACCUACCACUGCGUCCUGGGCCAGGAGGGAUUCGUCUCGGGGAGAUGCUUCUGGGAGGUGGACGUGGGGACGGAGGAAGGAGGGGUCUGGGCGAUGGGGGUGGCCAAGGAGUCCAUGAAGAGGAAGGGGUGGAUCAACCCGGCUCCUCAAGAUGGGAUCUUGGCUCUUUUCCACUGUGGGGGCAAGUACUGGGCUCUCACCUCCCCUGACCACACAGCGCUCGUCCUCACCCAGAUGCCCCGGAGGAUUAGGGUUUACCUGGACUUUGAGGGACAGAAGGUAGCCUUCUUCAACGCCGACAGCCAAGACCUGCUCUUCACCUUCCCGCUGGCCCCCUUGAGCGGGGAGAGGAUCCGUCCCUGGUUCCGCGUGGGGCCGAUCGCCCAACUCAACCUGAAGUCGCCUCCUUCGCCCCCACGCGUCCCCAGCGCGGAGGAGCCCCUGCUCCCUUCGUGCUUCCCCCUGCAGAGCCUCCGGAUGGGAGGAGGGGCCCCGCGCACGCCGGAGAGCAGGACGUGA